AUGACGCUGGACUGUGAACGUAAGGGUAUUACUAAAACACGGAAACAUGGUUCACGUUGUAAGGAAGUCCUUCUUCUUGCAGAAAUGGCUGAUUCAAUCCUUCGAGCAGUAGAAUGUUGGAAAUGCAACAAAGUGUUCCAGACAGCAAGAGACAGGAAGAACCAUAUGGGUAACACUGACCAUAGUUGCUUGCGGGUGAUGUGUCCCUUUUGCUCUAGGGAAAGACUAUGUAGAAGAUCUACACCGGAGCUGAGAGAUCACGUGAAGAAAGAGCAUGCGAGAAAAUUUGAAGACAUGCCAAAAGAUUUCUUCGGAGAGGGCAAUGGAUUCUGGUUAGCCAUGUACCCUGAGGACUUUGCCAAGCUAAUAAAACCGCCAGAAAGAAGAAGCAGAAGCUGCUACGGAGGUCAGGGAACUGGUGAGGAGGACUGGGAGACUGGUUGGGAGUUCUCUUCCAUUAACCCCUCCUACCGGAAGAGAGCCAGGUCAUCGUCGUUGGUUUGCGAAAGCCGUUUAGUUCCGAAUUACCAGCCUCAAACAACCAAGAAAGUUAAAGCCUAUGACCCUGAAAGGCCGGAGUUGCCUGUGCCGGAUAUCAGUGUGAACGGUGUUGCAGUUAAGCAGGGCGGUUUUGAGACUAUUUUCUCUGACCAGGAACAUACUUUGUGGUUUACUGCCUCCGUAUCCGCCGACCUAACAUCGGAUCCAAGAGGCAUGGAUGGCUUCGCUACUCCGGAAGAUGACGAUACCACCACCAGCUGGAUUUCGCUGCCCUUCAAGAAUGGUGCCGUUAGCUUUUGUGGAGUUGAACUCCUCGGAAUUUCGCCUCGCUUCCUACUCCAAGUGAAACGAGGGCAUUCCGUGGCAUUCACCUCCGCCAGGAAGACGUCCACCUCUACAGCCACCAGUGAUGAGGUUUUGGAAGGAGCUAGGCCAAGUGCUGUCCCUGAUCCAAACAGCCAGAGCCCGGAAGUUGAUCUGAACACUUUUCAGGAUAACUUUUCACAGGCCAGCCUCGCUGAAUCGGCUACUAUCAUCCUGGAAGCAGUGGAUGUGGAGGAAAGACAGCAAGUCCUCGAUAUAUUAAGAAGUGAUGUUGAUGAUUUAAUGCCAAUACUCUAG